UGCAUUGAAUGUCGAGCUCGGAAAGCAAAGUGUACCAAAACUCGGCCAUCGUGUGCGCACUGCAGACAACUGAACAAGCCGUGUGUGUAUCCUGACAAGGUCGUCAGGUCGCCUUUGACACGCCGGCAUCUCACCGCAGUCGAAGAUAGACUGGAAACGCUUGAAACCGCCUUGAGCAAGUUGUUUCCUGGCGGUGCUCUCGAUUCUAUCAUCAAAUCCCUACUCAAUGAUUCAGCGGAUCUUCACGUGCUCCCGGGGACCCCAAGCACCGAGUUCACCUCCGUCUCCGAUCUCCCGCUUGAUCUCGAGAUUCCUGAUGCUCCACCCCUGUCUUCCAUACAAGAAGGUCUGUUGCGAUUUGGGGUCGUCGAUCGGAUAGAUCUAUCACUCGCCACGUUCCCCGAUGGACCGACUAAUCUCGUCCUGGAUGCCUCCAUCCCCCUGGAUGACACUCUAUUACCGAUCCCUCAACCCGGCGGCGUCGAAACGCUCGUUCCAGACGAGGCAAGACUAGUCCGUGCUUAUUUUGAACACUAUCACCCGCUCUUCCCUUUUGUGCAUCAAUCCACAUUUCUGAAACAGUACGAACAUCAGCUCGAUACAGCACAAGAUGUUGGUUGGCUGGUUCUUCGUGAUAUGAUUUUGGCCAUGGGGUCGUGGUCACUCCAAGACGCUGGUGACUGGUACCACAGUCACAGCUUCUCACAGCGGGCCAAGAGCCGGCUCGAUUGCUUUUCUAUCUUCGAUCAGGCGUCUUUAAGCCUGAUCCAAGCGCUUCUACUGAUGAGCGAUUACUACCAGAGAUACGGUCAACCAAAAGAUGGCUGGACCUGUCUUGGGGUCGCCACACGAACUGCAGUUAAUCUGGGGCUUCAUCAAGAGUCAACAGCCUCCGGCUCCGAGGACACUCUGUUGGCACACGAGAUACGGAGGCGUGUGUGGUGGAGUGUCUAUUGCUUGGAUAGCUGUGCGUCCAAGAUAUUUGGUCUCCCCCUCCUGCUGCCGGACGAUAGGUUGAUCACCGUCAAACCGGUGCUCAACAUCACAGAUGAGGACCUAACUGAAAACAGCCGGUCACGUCCGGUUGAAAGGGACGAGUGGACGAUCUAUUCGGGAUUGAUACUCCAGGCCAGCUAUCACCGCAUGGCCAAUGAUAUCUAUCAUCGCACCCUUGCCGCCGACACGACCAACCCCGAGAAUAUCAAGGCAUACGAACAGAAGAUCAAUGACUGGCACAAUAAUCUCACGUUCUGCAUUCGUCAAACCCCGGCCGAUCGACUCCCAUCUUGGGCCAUCCAUGCGCGCGACCGGCAAAUGCUGUGCGAUAGAAGUCUUCGACUUCUCAUCCAUCGACCCGCGCUCUUAGAUUGGCUACGGAGAAAACAGAUCUCGCCCGGGCAGUCCGAAUUAGGAGAGCACCUCAGCGAGCGACAAUGCCGGACGAGUGGUCUUAACCUCGCCCGUGGCACCAUCAGGCUCACUUGCCGCCUCAUCGAAGAUCGUCAAUACUCGAACGUCACGCUACCGUUUGUCCUCUACAGCCUCUUCCACGCCGUCCUGGUGCCGGUGAUCCAUCAGAAAGCCGACGCCUCGGUCCCCGAGUCGAUCUCCUGGCGCCAAGACAUUGAGGAGGCCCGACAAACGCUGUCCAGUCUGUCCGUGCAUCACGACGCUCUGUCGACGCAUUUCCUGGUGAUUCUUGACCGGCUCACGUCGGAUUCGGCACCGACUGCGGACGGAUGCCCUCUACGCCCGGCUUCGGACCCAGUGCAGCCGAGCAAUCUCCGGAACGCCCCCACCAAUCUCUUCGGCAAUGAGGAGCUCCAGCUUCUGCAGCCUGACAAUGCGGACCUGACAUCUCUUCCGACCUUCUCAGAGUGGCUGUAUUUCCCUCCAUAGCCGCGGAACGGCACCUCCUCCUAUUACUGUGUUGGAGAGUUCCAGGUGCAAUAAGGCUGUCGAUAGCCCUCUCUUUCUACCCGGUGGUGCUCAGCACGUGACUAUUCCAGGAGACACGAAAUGAAAAGGAAGCUUUAACGGUACUGUUGCAACGGAGUGGAUAUCUAUGCAAGGCAAGGAAAGAUGUGUGAUGAUGAGGACAAAAUCACGUGAUCUGGACGAAGCUGUAACUAGACCUAACUACUGGGCAGGUCAAAAACGGAC